UCUGACUAAAUUCUUAUUCUUUGAAAUUUGUUAGUUAAUGAUGUUUUAUGUACUACACAUUUCUUAUUAUUUGUCUUUUCGUUUGUCUGAUUCGAAGACACUCCUCCUCUUCAGUUUUGUGUCCAUCUUCUUCUCCACUAGUGCAGCAACAGGGCUCCUCAUCAUUUCCUCAAACAAGAUCAUCAUCCUCUCCUGUCCUUUUAUCAUUACUAGCUUCUCCCUCUGGCUCCCCAUCCAGCUCCUCCUCUAUCCCUCACUCUCAGUUAUCUUCGCAUCAAAACUCACCCACUCCUUCCCUCUCCUGUCCUGUAUCAGUAUCAAUUACUAAAGACCAAGUGACAAGAUCAAGAGGACAUAUUCUUAAAAGAUCAUCACUCAAUGGUUCUGCUACUGGUCCUUCUCAUAUUAUAGGACGUGGGUCGUCCCGUCAGUUUGGUAAUACCAGUAAAGUAUCAGGAGGAGGUCCUGUUAAUAAAGAUACUGGUACUGCUGGAGCCAGUGGGAGAGGAGGGAGGGCUAAGAGGAACAGUGACAGUUUUAAUGGAGACUCACAGUCUUCAGAUGAGAGGAGGCCAAAGAAGAGAAGAGGUGUUGUAUUUGAUGAGGUGAGGCCUCCUAAUAUAGUAGACUGGUCCUGUGCCCUCUGUAAUCUUGGUAAUAAUGCUAGUGAGCUCAGUUAUCUGUAUGGACCUUUAAACAAUGUUAACAACAGAACAGAAGAUGUAUGGACUCAUUGGAAGUGUGCAGUGUGGGCAUCAGGUGUGUAUUUUGAUGGUGAUGAGCUAAAAGGAUUAUCUGAAGCUAUUGAAGAAGGACAAUCAUUAGUUUGUUGUAAGUGUAAUAAAUCUGGUGCUACAAUUAUAUGUCAUCUUCACUCCUGCAAGAGACCUUAUCAUUAUCCUUGUGCUCUACAAGAAGGUUGUCAUUUCAAUCAGAGUCAGUUCAUUGUUACUUGUCCAGCUCACUCUACACCAACAGAUCUUUAAAUUAUUAUUAUACUGACUGCAUGUAUACAUAUACAAACACACACAUGUUGUCUUUCUCUUUAUCUUUCCUCUUGUUACACAUUAAAGAGUGUUCCCUAUA